ACUCAUACCAUGACGAGCGAAUUGUCCAUUCACGUACAACCUCACAGUCGCUACAGCGUUUUCGACGCAUCAGGACAACUACCGUUCAGUGUUGUGUUCGGCAUCUGCCGUCUUUCUAAGUCCGACACGGACCCUCGCCCACUACUUAUCGAGACUGCAGGCUCAGUGUUCGAUGUCCCAUACGCCUUGGCCCAUGGCUUGCUUACCCUACACGAGGAACAUCCUGGCGAAGCUACAAAAUGGGUCGAAGUGGAUCUGAGCAAAAUGGGAGAAGUUGACAAGAGUACCUCAGAAUGCAUUUCUAUCCCUUCUCCCCUCAACCGAACGAAGAACUGGAAGGACGACAUAACGGUAUAUCUAGGUCAUAUUGAUCUGAAGGGUGCUCUGGCAUCAAUACUCAAAGUAGGCAAAAGGUACAGAAUAAGACUUGCGAGUAAAGACCUUGGUGUCAGCAAAUGGACGUAUGGCAACCAAGAUCAUUUUGAAACGGCCCAUAGUGAAACGGCAAACUUGGUCAACAGCUACUCUCACGGCAAUGCAACAUUCAAAGUCAUGGACAACCUAUUGUUCCCACCGAAAGUGGAGGUGAAAUUACGCUUGGUCGAAAGCACAUCGCUAGAAGUUACCGUUGAAAACACGGCCGAGGAAACCAUCACUGUACAACCUCGAGGCCACCAAAAUUUCCUUGUUCCAUGGGGUCCCAUGCAGCCAGAACCCGAUGUACUCGACGACCGUCCAAGAAUCAUCGACUCUACGCCGCAAAACUACGCCCCGGUAUCCAGUCUCAUGGUUCUUGAUGCUGCGGCGAGAGAAGUAGUUCGUGGACAUGAAGAUCCCAGCAAGUGUCACUUGAGGGACCCCAAAGCCGAUACACGACCCAGAGUAGACGAGCUGAUGAUAUUGGGGCCUCACAAGCCGGUCACUGUUGUGCACCAGAUCGAUUGGAAAGUGAAAGGACUACAGGAUGGAAAUUACACGAUCCGGAUGCAUCCAAAGGGUUGCCGCUGGUGGCGCGGAAAAGUCGAGGACGAGGAGGGCGAAGACGGAAAAGUUCCAGCGCGACUAUGGAAAGGAGUCACUGUUCCCCUUAUGCUUGAAUCUCAAGAUGAGCUGGAAGUGACUAUCAAAGAUGGAAAGGUGGACGGUUCUUUAUGA